UCACAUUCCCACGACCACAACAUCUCUCUGCCUGCUGAGGUUCGCCAUUGGUGACGGCAUUCUUAGCCAGCGUGUUAUAUGAUUUUGCAAUUGGUUUCUUCUGUCGAACAGCUAUCCAAUCUUCUUUUCGGAUCAGCAUUUCAUCACAUAUAUGCCGUGUUCACCUGCUGUUGCUGGCUGUGCUGGUCUGCCAAGGGACUCGCAAAACGCAAAACACGCCCUUCGACGAGACAAUCCUCCUCACCAUGAGAGGACACAAAUAACGUUGCAACAGUUACAUUUAAUCGAUCGAUUAUUUCUAAGUCGCCUACAAACAAACAUCAAUCAUAUUUACGAGUCCGGUCAACCACACCAAACGAGAAGAGGAUCGAAGUAAUCAUUUCUGGCCUGCGCCAACUAGAAUACGGCUAUGGCUCACGGCAACGCAUCUUGGGGCGGUGUGCCCCCUGCUGCAGAGGAAGCCGGGCCUCAAGUCCGACCUAUGAACUUGAAAGUUCAUUACACCUUUGAUAAAGAAAAUCAAGAGCGAUGCCUUGCCCGCUGGCCUCAUACUCUCCACAUUCAGAGUGUGCCGGUGGACGGCCAGACAAUCGGAGUAAUUGACCUAGGAUUAUGCUUACAGGCCAUUGCGCAAUGCAGCCCGGAGCUGGCCGGAGAUGAAGAAAAGGAUUAUUCUAUCUAUGCUGUCGAUUAUUCAGAGCCAGACACUCCCUUGGUAGGCCAGGGCUUGCUGUCUCGAGGGCUCUGUCAGCCAGCUGAACCGCAAGAGCCAAAACUAGUCACAGGACGGGUGACAAAGAAUCUCCUCGCCAUCUUUGGCGGCGGUAUCAAAGAAACAUUAGAGGUCAGACUGAAGCUGACCGCGAUAUCAAAACUUCCGCGCAACGAACCCAUGUCACGCCCACACUCGGCUGCUGCACCAAUACCGAACUUGAUGGCAUCUUCCUCCGCUCUAUCAGAUAAUGGCGAAUGGGGUUCUUUCGUCCAAUCUCACCCCAACUUGGGUCAGAAGCAACCGCCACCGCCGAUGAACCUUCCCACGCUUGCGCCGGCACCUGUACGACCGUAUCAUUCAAGCUUUGAAGCUCGCAGUGAUGGUCCUCCGCAGUAUCCACUUCUGCAGCCCGCACCGGGUAGCCGACCUAGCUCAGUUGACCUAAACUCCAGGGACCGGAACACGCCUUCUUUCAGACAAACGCCCCCAUUGGCCCCUGCAAGACAGACCUCUUCAAUGGAAGAAACCGCGCCAAGUUUACCCAUCAUUAAACCCGCCAAACCACAAACUCAAUCUCGUCCUACAUCUCGUGCAUCAAGUCGACCGCCAACAGGCAGACCCAGGGGGCGGCCACGAAAGCGGCCCCUUGCAAGUGAGGGCAACACCUCAGGGUACGAGGAUGGGACCGAUGGAGACGAUGCGCCUUCGCAAACUAAGAAAAGAGCCACAACGAUGAAAGUUGAGCGAAGUAAUACAGCCACAUUCGGUUCUGCACCGGAGUCGCUCCGCGUUGCUGCCAGCACCUCUGGGUCUAUUCGUAACUUUAGACCUGUUGCCCCAGCUGGUGAUAUGCCGUCAAGAGGGCAUCUACAAGAGGAAGGCCCCAGGGCACCGACUCCAGUUCCAGAACCGCGUUUUCAAGGUCACAUGCAGCCUAGAGCCAUGGCGCAGAGCAAUCUGAGGCAACAAUCUAUGACAUUUCAGCCAGUAGAGGAUAUGUCAAGUCAACCAUAUCCAGAUCUCAACCGCUCAAUGAGCCAAGACGUCCGAUCACCAAUGGAUUCAGUUGCUCCAUCGCCUUUCAGUGAUGAGCCUAGUCCUGCCGACAUAAGCUCAUCCCCGCCUGUACCAAGAUCAGCUAUGUAUAGCAUACGGUCUAGUCCUGCUCCUUCGAGCCCCAUUCUACCGCCAAUGCGAGUGCCUGUUCAACAACCUGAUUCCGGGUUCAUGAGUGGUGGACUGGAGGAAAACCGAGUUGAAGAUGACAGUGCAACCAAACCAGCACCGGCGGUUAUGCCUAUAGUUUCAGCGCCGGCACCUCCAAAACCAAAGCCACGCCGCAGCCGUGCCAAGAAACAAGAACCCAGACCGCAGCAGACUCUCCAUAUUCAUACUGAAACUCCUGGUCCUCCUGAAUUACUACCUCAAACAUCAAUCUAUAAUCCGCCUCGACCUCAGGGUUCUAGGAAGAAAUCAAAUGCUAAUACGCCUGUUGCAAAUGAGGUCCCUGUGAUAGACGCAACGAAUGCUGCAACACCAGAGGUAGCUGCAGUAAUUGAGCCACGGGUCACAGAAGAACAGCCCAUGCAAAACCCCGAACAAACCCAGACUUCUAUGCCUUCUCAGAUCGACUUUAAUGCUUUACAAGCAGCUCUGGAGUAUCCGGGAAACCAACAAUUUCUUGAUACAUUGGAGUUAGAUGUGAAUUCUUUUAGUCCAGCUGUUGAUACCCCUCAGGGAAACGAUACUCCACAGCCUUGUACUUCACAUGAAGGCAAAAUGGAGCCACCGGUGAUUCCCACGCCCGCUUCAGAGCCAUCUGUUGAACCAGAACUGCCCGCAAUUCCCGCCAGCGAUCCAAUUCUACCACAGCUCUCACACUCUAUGCAUAUGUCCGCAGGGCCACAUCCCCAGACGGACGCUGUUGAUGGCAUGGAGUCAAGAAUGAACAAGAAUUACGUGAAACGACAGGCGAUCAAGCAGAAACUAGAGGAGGCAGUAGCACUAGGUGAAAUGCCGUCUUUCUGUAGUAAUUGUGGGGCCCUCCAAACCCCAACAUGGCGUAAAAUUUGGAAACAAGAGCGCCGCGGUGUUCCAGGAUAUCACGAAUACUCAGAAAAGCCUGGCCAUGUCACGGCUAUCAAUGUGCUUGACAAAGAUGAGAGCGGUGUUCCCACUUUAUAUGAGGUUAUCAAGAAGUCUCUAGGCCCUACAGAUGACAAGAGCCUGUGGGCUGAGACAAUCCUAUGUAAUCCUUGUGGGAUAUGGUUUUCCAAGUGGAAGGCACAUCGUCCUCCUGAGAAGUGGGAGAAGGAUCAGCAAAGACUUACCCAAACACGGAAGAAGAGAGCAGCCGGUGCAGGACCUUCUAGGUCAAAGAAAAGCAGGGCUAAAAGCGAUGGUCAAGUUAACUUGACCUCAGAAGCAUGUCCACCAACAGACCCAGUAGGGCCACCGGAUGCCGCUCAAUCACCUAGAGAUUCGUCUGCAACGGCACUGAAUGUCGACCAGGCUGAAAAUGUCGCUGAGAAUAUAUCAGAAAAGGGUUCUGGGAGAAAUCGUAAGAGAGUUAUCACCGAACCCAAGGACCAAGGGUCGACGCACUCCCACGCUUCUCGAGCCAGUGGUACAGCGUUGAGUCCCAUCGACCUAGACGGGGAACUCGGAGCCACAAGACGUCUACUGUUUCCCUCUCCACGGAAAACCGGGGAACAGAAGGUUUUGGGAGAAGUUGCCGUUAAUAUCGUUCAGACUGGCCCUAGGAUGGUCACAAUCACGGACGUGGAGAUGACUGUAAAGAAAAACAACCAUCCCAGAGAUCAAACUCCAGAACCACCGAACAACGACUACACUGAUUUGUUUGGUCCAACACCACGACCUUCAACUCCCCCUCCUAAAGGAGCUAACAGUGGGCCUUUUAAAACGCCAACGCGGCCAACCCCUAGCCAUCGACCCGUCACUAGAAGUGUAUCUAGGAGUAUGCGAUCUACGAGGUCCGUGGCUUCACCGAGUCAGAAGCUUCUUGAGCGAACCCCAACCCGUACGCCGUCGCGCACGCCUCGGAAGACACCACGGUCGGCAUUCCUCUCCGGCAGCAUGCCCCGGCGCUCACCCCGGCACCUACUCCCAUCUGAAGCGAUGGGAGAGCAUAGCCUUGGUACACCCCUAACGCGCUCCAUCAGUGAAAUGUUCUCCAACGCAGACGACUUAGAUAUAGCUGGCCUGUCGCGUGGUUACGAGAUCGAUUUCAGCUCGCUACCUCACAUCGAUAAUAUCGACCAAAAUAGCGAGCUGCCUCACUUCGAUUUUGCCACUCUGCUCGCUACCGAUGCCCUCAUGCCCAGUUCACCGCCCGCCCUACGCAGCUCUAAUGGUGAUCUGUUGGCGUUUGGAGGCAACCUCGAGUUUGACAUGUAG